CAAAAAAAUAUAGAUAUAUAUAUAUUUCAUACAAACAUACUUACAUGGCUGAGAUGGGGUUCACAAUUACUGAACUGGUGGAAGCCCAGGCACAAGUCUGGAACCUCUUGCUCAGCUACCUGAAAUCCAUGUGUCUCAAGUGUUCACUGGAGCUUGGCAUUGCUGAUGCUCUCAAGAAACAAGGCAAGCCGAUGGAGCUCUCCGAGCUGUCGUUUGCUCUUUCAAUACCACCAUCAAAAUUUGAUUGUUUCCGUCGUUUUAUGACUACUCUAGUUCACCUAGAGUUAUUUGCCGAACAACAAGAUGAUUCUGGAGCCACAAAGUAUAUACUCACACCAGCUUCCUAUCUCUUGGUAAAAGAUGAAACCAUGAACAUCACCCCUUUCCUUACCUUGAUCUUAGAUCCUAUCAUGUGUGACUCUUCACAUGUCUUCAUGCCAUGGUUCAAGAGCCAUAAGGAGACUCCAUUUGAGUUUUAUUUCGGAAAAGGUUUUUGGGAUUUUGUUGGUGAGAAGCCGGAGUUUAGCAAGAUGUUCAAUGAAGGGAUGGCUAGUGAUUCAAGGCUUGUUUCAGAAGUGGUUAUGAUGAAUUGCAAGGAUGUGUUUAAUGGGUUGAAGUCAAUUGUGGAUGUUGGUGGUGGAAAGGGAUCUAUGGCAAAAUCUAUAACUCAUGCAUUCCCAGGGAUUAAGUGCACUGUGUUUGAUCUUCCUCAUGUGAUUGAUUCCUUGGAAGAAGAUCGACAACCUGGCGUGGAGUAUGUUGGAGGUGAUAUGUUUGUGUCUGUUCCUCAUGCAAAUGCUGUUCUAUUGAAGUGGAUUUUACAUGAUUGGGAUAAUGAAGAAUGUAUCAAGAUAUUACAACGGUGCAAAGAGGCCAUCCCAUCUAUAGCAGAUGGAGGAAAAAUAAUCAUAAUAGAUAUAGUGGUGGGUGCUUCAAGGAACAAACAUCCUUAUGCAGUUGAAACUCAGCUACUUUUCGAUUUAUUAAUGAUGAAUAUUACCUCUGGAAGAGAAAGAAAUGAAUGUGAAUGGCGAAAAAUAUUUCUAUCUGCAGGUUUCAUAGAUUAUAAAAUUACUCAUUUCUUAGGCCUCCGAUCAAUUAUUGAGUUAUAUCAUUGAAAGAUGGCCUUUUGUUGAAUGUCAUAUAUCAUAUUUUAUGUAUAUAUUUGAAGUCAUAUAACUUAUUUGUAACAAGUCAAUCUGCUUGGUUGUCAUUA